GUAAUAAUAUUUAUAGAUGAAAUAAUUAAUGUAAUAUGUUUGUAUAUUCAUAUAUAUAUAAUUAUUUCUGUAUUUUUACAGUAUAGAUUUAUUCAAAAUUCGAAUUUUUAUAAAAUCUAUAACGAAUUUGGCUGGAUAUGUAAUCAUCAUAAUUAUUUGGAUAAGGGAGAUUCCUGUUACAAUGUUUUAUCGAAUGGUUUGUCAGGUUCUGAUGUUGUCACUAAUCUUUUAAAAGAAUUAUACAGUAAUUUAUACAGGAUAUAUUAUACAAUUGAAGAUAAAAAAAAUGAUUACUUUGACGAAAACCGUGAUAUAGUAAAAAAAAUGGGGUGCAUCUAUUUGAAAUAUUGGUUAUAUGAUCAAAUAACUUCGAAGGGAUUUAAUGGAUUACAAAUUAUUAAUCUAUUCGAAGAAUUCAAUAAACAUGUACAAGGUAAAAUCCAGGGAAUUUCUAAGGAUUAUUGCAAAUUUAAUCAAUUAUCACUGGAUCAAAUUAAAAAGAUAAAAAAAGUAUAUGCUCUUAAUAGCAUUUUACAUGAAAGUGAUAAAAAUCCUGAGACUUGCGUUAAUAAUCACUGUAAGUAUAUGGACUAUUUUGAAGAAGCGUUAACUGAAUUUAUUAAUAGUAUUAAAAAAUGUGCCGAUAACCCUUUGGAGAAAGAAUAUUGUGAUGAAUUUGAGGACUUUCUAAAAAUAUGUACUGGAGGGUAAUUCAUAUACAGGAGUUUCGAUAUACAAUCGCCAUAUAGGAACUAGCGAUGAUUCCAAUAGAAAGUAUUUAUUAUCUGUUAAGAAUUAUAAAAAUCAGCCACUUUAUAUAUACAUAAAGGAUAAUAAAUGGCUAAAUUGGGGUGAAAUUUCUCAUAUUGUAAAUCCUCAGAAUACUGCCACUAUAGCAGCAACUUCUGUCGUAGGUUCUGCUAUAGGAUUAUCCUCAAUUUUUUACUAUUUUUA